AUGCCUUUGCCCCGCCCGCACGGCGUUGGCGUGUUUGGCAGGAACGCCGCGACUACACUGGAGAUUCGGCCUGAUUCGCCGUUUGUCGUCUUCUAUGGAGAGCCGUCGGAGAGCCAGGAUGCAGAGCUCAAGGGGAAGCUUAUCCUCACAAAUCCCGAGUCGAUCAGUGUCAGGUGUAUACGGUUGACGUUGACGGGCACGCGGAAAGUCUCAUGGCACUUGACCAACACCGUCAGCCCGCAGCCCAUCUCGCAGAAGACGAAUAUCCACAUCGACAACAUCACUCUCUUUCCCAUUGGCGACAGCAAGAACAAGGCGCACAAGAUCAACGCUGGACGCCAUGAGUGGGAUUUCUCCUUCAAGAUGCCCAGCAGCCUCGACCAGAGCGUCGAGGGCCUUCCCACAAACUGGGUCGUGUACAACCUCAAGGCGACUGUGGACCGCGGCUACAUGACCAAGCAGCUCUCGGCUACGUCACACAUUCGCGUGAUUCGAACGCUGGGACAAGAUCUGAUGGAGUCGAUGCCCAUGGAGCAGAUCAACGAAGACAUCUGGGCAAACAAGCUGGCCUAUAAGAUUACGGUGCCACAGAAAAACUUCAUCAUUGGAACCCACAUAAACGCCGACUUCGUCCUGAUACCGCUGCGAAAGGGUGUGGAAAUCGCGACAAUCAAGAUGGAGCUGAUAGAGGCGCGGCAACUGUUUGCAGAAUACGCUGGCCGGCGCGUAAGCUACCAGACCGAGCAGCAGGUCGCUGUAUCUGAAAGCGACAUGCCCGAAAACUCCGCACACAUCGUCCCGCAUGGCGUUGAGGAGGCCGAUGAGCUGUUUGACGAAUCCCACCGCUUCUCGAUGAAGCUUGAACUCCCGAGAUCGCUGAAGAACUGCAGACAGUCUGUGGACACAGAGAACAUCCGCUUGACACACAAACUGCGAUUAUACGUGAAUCUCAAGAACCCAGAAGGACAUACGAGUCAACUGCUGGUUAAGAACCACGUCCACCUCUUCAUCUCGCCGAACUUGCCCCCGAACGAAGACCUCAGUAUGGUCGUGGAUAACAAUCUGCUCUCUCAGCAGGCGAUUCAGGACGUGGUGAACCAGAACGCCCCGCCCACAUACGGCCUCCACCAGCUGGACGAGCUGUACAACGAUAUCGAUCCUUCUGGUUACAUGACGCCUGGGGGCAUGUACAGCAUGAUGAACAGCGGGGCAAACACGCCCUUCUACGCGCAAAGCCGAAGCGGCUCCGCAGAGAAUCUGUCGUCGCUGGAUGCAGUAGCAAACCAAACUGGUGGCGGCGCGUCUGCGAUAGCACUGCAACACCGCCUCCAAAACCUCGACAUGUCUGUCAAUGACCGACAAGGACGCUUCCAACCAAGCCGGCAACAAUCACACCACUCGUCGGGCGACAGCACACCCCAGCACGGCGCCGAAUCCUCCUACUUCGACCUGCCACCCUCAAACUACGACAUGGACGCCCUAGUCCGCACACCCAGCUACAACACUGCGGUCCGCACGCCCGCCCGCGAACCACGGGUGAUGGAUAUGGUCCUGCCGUCGUACGAGAUCGCCACGUCUAGGCCUAGCUCUCCGAGUCGCAGCAGAGGCAGCAGGGGCACAACGCCCAGUCCUGCACGUAGCUUGGACACGCUGAAUGAGGAGACGUAUCGCAAUACGCAGAAGAACUCCCGACGCGAAAGUCCCAGGUCCAGCGAUGAUGAGGUGAGGUGA